AAAAUAUAGGCAUUCCGUAUGGAGUGUGAACAGAAACACUAGUCGACAAUUACUAGCCGUAAACUUCACAAUCAGAUCCUUUCUUCAAACAAAACAUAUCUUUUUAUUUCGAAAUCUUUUCCAAAAAAUCAGAGACCUACAAUGAACUCGAAGACCCAGAAUAGUGCGGAUAAACGUCGGCAGAUCCUGGCGAUGAGUCGGGCAAAGGAUCGCGCCCAAAUCCACCACCAGAACCGAUACCUCGAAGAGGAGCUGCCCGAAAUGGAGGUGGAGGAGGACUACCAGGAGCACCUGGAUCAGCGAGUCAUCGACCUGAAGGAGCGGAGGGCAAAGGUGAAGCGUCGCGGACAGGAAAUACAACAUUAUUCGGUUUGCCGUCAAGCCGUCGAGUUUAGCUUCAGGAGCGAGACAUUCAAGCCGCCCAGUAGAUUUCUGGGCCUUCAGGAUACUCUUCUAUAGAGAUAGAAAUAGAAAUAGCUCAUAGGAAAUUUAAUUUAAAGAUAAUGCCCUAUUCGAAGAUGCUGAAGAUGCCGAAACUUUUUUAAAAAAUAAUUAUUGGAAUUGCUGAUUGAACGGCGGAAUCGGGUGGACUUAAAUCGCACUUUAGUGAGACUCCCAGACACGGUCUGGAUAACCUUGGAACGAUUUGAGCUUUUAAUUACAAGCGACUUACAUUUGAUGAUUAUUGGACUAUGACUGUGACUCUGAAUGCCGGUUUUGUUUUUGGUUUUUCAUCAAAGUCAUUACUUUUGGUCACCAGCCGGGCUUGCAAUGAACUUAAAACUAGUAUUGAACUAGAAAUCCCAAGACUCGCCUCAAGACUUAAUUCAAACUUAAACUCAAGACUUGAUACCAGACUCAGUUCGGUUCUCGAUUUCCAAGGCGCUGCCAAAUCUGGAUUACUUGUCAUCGAAAGAGCUGCAGUCAUACGUCUAUUUUGGUUAAAAAAUUGUGUAAUUAAAUGCAGGUAUUAAUUAUUAAACAAAAUAUAUAAAAAACAAAAAUUAAAAU